CCCUGACAGCGUGAGGCCUGUCGGGCGGUGCUUCUCGCGAGACUUGUCGGUAGCGGAAGCCAGGCGGCGGCGGCGGCGGUGGCGGGAGGGGCAGCCGGGAAAGGCAGCGUCACGGGGCCGCUCGGAGCGGAGCGGAGCUCCAGCGCCACACGGGCUGAUCGUCCCUCGCUGUCCCCCGUAUGUGAGAGCAGGAGUCGGAGCCGGAGCAGCUGCCGCCGCCGGGCCAAGCCGGGAGCCCCCAGAGGAGGAACGGAGCUUCCUUCCCUGCGAGCGCCGAGCUGCCCAGCAUGGAAGCCAUCGCCAAGUACGACUUCAAAGCCACAGCGGAUGACGAGCUCAGCUUCAAACGCGGGGAUAUCCUCAAGAGUGACUUUCAUCCUCCAUUCCUCAGAGGUUUUGCCAAGAGCGUUUUACAAAAGCAUUGCCAUUUCAUUAGAGGCUGUUCUAAGAAGUUAUGGUUUUGAAUGAAGAAUGCGAUCAAAAUUGGUACAAGGCAGAACUCAACGGGAAGGAUGGCUUCAUUCCCAAGAACUACAUAGAAAUGAAACCACACCCAUGGUUUUUUGGGAAGAUCCCUAGAGCAAAGGCUGAGGAGAUGUUAGGUAAACAGAGACAUGAUGGUGCCUUUCUCAUCAGGGAGAGCGAGAGCGCUCCUGGGGACUUCUCGCUCUCAGUCAAGUUUGGAAAUGAUGUGCAGCAUUUCAAGGUGCUUAGAGAUGGGGCUGGCAAGUAUUUCCUCUGGGUGGUGAAGUUCAAUUCUCUGAACGAGCUGGUAGACUAUCACAGAUCCACCUCUGUCUCCAGAAAUCAGCAGAUAUUCCUCAGAGACAUUGAGCAGGUGCCACAGCAACCUACAUACGUUCAGGCCCUUUUCGAUUUUGACCCCCAGGAGGAAGGCGAGCUGGGCUUCCGCCGCGGAGACUUUAUCCAGGUCCUUGACAACUCUGAUCCCAACUGGUGGAAGGGAGCAUGCCACGGACAGACGGGCAUGUUUCCGCGCAACUACGUGACCCCAGUGAACCGGAACAUCUAGAGAUAAAUAUUAGAGAUUAUUUAAAGAAAUCGGAGAAACAGUAAAUACACAUACAGAAUCUAACUGCAGCCGGUGAUCUAGUGUCACAGGACGGUAAAGCUGAGUCACCUAGUACCAUGAGGUGAUCCUCCUUCACUCAGUAUGGAACUUUGGGGGUGGGAGGGAGAGCAACUUACACGCCAAAACUUAUCUUUAAAUUAAAAAAAAAAAAAUUAACAGAUUUUUCUCGGCUGCUCCUGGGUUUACCCCCUUUUCACUCUUCCUUUUCCCCUAUCCUCUGUCCAUCAGUGCAUGAAGUUUUAAUGCCAUGUAAAGUCCUAGCCAUGCUGAUAAAGGAAAAGGGAGAAACUCUGCUGGUAUUUUCUCUCUGCACACAGUCUUCAUUUGACCUGGAGGGAGAAGAGAGAAGAGCCAAAUCCACUGUCCUGCCUUUAAAAAAACAAAAACAAAAACACAACAACAACAAAUCAGCCAGUCUCUGCUUUUUUUGCCUUCAACAUUCAGCUCCUUCAGUCUGGGGAAGGCUAAGUGUUUUCUUUUUUUUCCCCCUCUCUCUUUAGACCCUCUUCCCUCUGAAGCUGAGCAGCUUCAGAGCAGAGUGGAGGAGACGAGGUUUCUUUUAAAGUUGCGGAGCUGCUUUUGAGAAACUUCAAACUACAACUGAAGUCUGUUCUCUCAUGUGGUGACAGCUUUUUUGGUUUUUUCUUAAAGGUGUAUUAUCGAGCACAUUCUGUAACUGUUUUCCAUAGUGCCUUUUCCCUUAUUUUCUUAAGUUAAAAGGACAGUCCAGAACUUUUCAGAGAAGUUUUUUUUGUUCCUGCUUCUGUGUAAAUAAUUAUUUUUAGGGGGAAGGGAGUGAAGGGAUGGGUAGUUUAUAUCAAUGAAUAUAAAAACAUCCACAGACAAGGAUGGAGCUUUAAUUUUAAUGUCUUAUCAUGUGACUUUCCUUAUUCCAAGGGAAAAUACAAGGCAGACAGUGUUGUAGGAAGCAGCCUAGGCUGCUCAGGGUGAGGAGUUGCAGCCAAGAGCCUCAGGAGAUGGGGGGAGGCAAUCGUUCCAUUAUGGUUGAUGGGAAUGAGCAAAAAAUAUUUUGGGGCAGAGAUGAGGAAAGUAGCACCAGAUUACUAUUAUGGAAGAGACUAGUCCUGAGAUAUCCUAUGAAAUGUACAUUCCUUUCGACAGGAAGCUUUAUAAUGCAAAGAAACCUCAAGAACUAGCGCUUGAAAACACUUUUAAGCUUUUAGUGAAUGUUCAUACGUGAAUCAUGUAAUCAGUCUGGCUCCUUUUUUGGGCUAGGUAGGAAAUAUUUGCAGUCAUGUCUUGCACUUGAAAGAGGAAGUUUGCAUUGCUGUUCUCCUGUUUCUCUCUACCCCUUCUUCCUCAUGCCAGUGUUAAACUGUUUUAAGAAGCCAAUUCUGUCGUCUUCACUCCCAUUUCACAGCAGGCUGUGCAGUGACAGUGUCCCUUCUUCUCCACCAUGAUGGCAUUUUGUUGAGGCCAUUUGCUCCUCUGCCAGAGCAGUUUGAUUUGGACAAAAAGGAGAGGAAUCAAACUCUGGAGCUUUUUGUGCCAAUCUUCAGUUACGCUGUUCCUUUUUGGUGGCCAUGCGACUGAACCCCUUUACCCCAACAACGAACCCAAAAACUGCAACGGAGAUCUCCCACCUUGCUCAAGUGGAGAAGUUCCUUUGUUGGCGGGUGCCUUUUUGUACUAAGUGUUACAAACAUUUUCUUCCUGAGAUGGACUCUGCCUUACACUUUAAUUCUCCAGCAGAUGAAAGAGAGAACUACCCUGUAGAGUAUUAAUUUCUCCCCAGUCCUUGCUAGCUGUCAUUCACUUUUUCCUCCUUUCUAAAGUGAUUGGAAAAGGAAUCUAUGGCAUUCUACACCUGGACCAUUUGAUUGUUUCCUUAUUUUGGAAUUGGUGUAUAUCAUGCAGCCUUGCAGACAUAUGUCUUGUGUGUGUAUAUAUAUUAAAAAAGAAUCAGUGUUUAAAUAAAAGGCCUAUGUACUUAAUCCUUUAACUCUGCAGCAGCAUUUGGUAGAUAGUAAUUAACUGUGAAUAAUAAAUAUACAGUGAAUUCUUCA